UCAGCCCCCCUGCCUCUGUCUUCCCUUCUCCUUCACCCGCAGGAGCCCAGACACCCUCCGGCUCUAGAUGCUGCUCCUGCUGCUGCUGCUGUCCCUGCUGCCGGCCGCUGAGUGGGCCGGGGGGAGAGGGCCGGGGAGGGCUGCUCCUGACCCUCGAUUCCCCACAGGGUCCCCGGCUCAGGACCGGAGAUACUGGCUGGAGGUGCAGGAGUCGCUGGAGGUGCAGGAGGGCCUGUGCGCUUCUGUGCCCUGCAGUUUCCUCUAUCCCCUGAAUAACUGGAAUGACUCUUUCCCUGUGCAUGGCUACUGGUUCCGGGAAACGCCGUUUUUAUUACGGAGUGGUCCGGUGGCCACAAACAAGCCGGGUCUAAAAGUGCAGCCGGAGGCCCAGGGCCGAUUCCGCCUCCUUGGAAACCCCCGGGACUAUGACUGUUCCCUGGACAUCAGAGACGCACGGAGAAGUGACUCAGGGAAAUACUUCUUUCGGGUGGAGAGAGGGUCUUUUGUGAAAUACAAUUUCCAGUGGAACCUGCUCUCUGUGAAUGUGACAGCUCUGACCCAGACACCCAACAUCCACAUCCAGGGGCUCCUAGAACCUGGCCAGCCCAAGAACAUUACCUGUAGCGUGCCCUGGGCCUGUAAGAGGGGGACGGCCCCCACCUUCUCCUGGAUCGGGGACGCCCUCACCUCCCGGGGCCCCAGGACCCUCCUCUCGUCCAUGAUCACCCUCAUCCCGAGGCCCCAGGACCAUGGCACCAACCUCACCUGUCGAGUGACCUUCCCGGGAGCUAAUGUGAGGGCAGAGACAAGCAUCCGGCUCAAUAUGUCCUCAGGGGACCGGCUAUUUGUUCCGGCUCCAGACGUUCCACAGAACCUGACCAUCCACAUCUUCAGGGGAAAUAGCACAGGUCCCAGAUUGGCCCCUGUUCCUCCCCUGCUCAGAACGUCCCCAUGGCUCCCCGUGGCCUCGGAGAAAAGGCCGAGAGCAUCACCUGUGUGUGAGCCUCCAAGUGUUUCCCUGCAAACGGCCAGACCUACGUGUGUCCACGCCCCUCCUCGGCAUCACACAGAAGUCUACGUCCUGGGAUGUCCUCUGCCAGGCCUAGAUGUGGCCAACUCUCGCCCAGAGGCUGAGCUGGUCCCGGGGAAGCCUGACCCUGAGCCCUUCCCGGCCCUCGCAUCCUGGUGUCAUAGUGCUGCCCCAGCUGGUCUUGGGGGAUGGAGGAGAAUUCACCUGCCGAGCUCAGCACGCGUGGGGCUCCAGCCACGUCUCCCUGAACCUAAUUGUGCAGGGACUCUCCUGUUCUUGCCCCCACAUCUCUGGAGAGCAGCAGAACACCUGGCCCCUGGUCCUCACCCUGCUCAGAGGGGCCCUCAUGGGGGCUGGCUUCCUUCUCACCUAUGGCCUCACCUGGCUCUACUAUACCAGGUUCAGAGGCUCCAGAGAGGAUAAGGCUGCAGGUUGUAACUGAGCCCCCUUCCUCGCGGUGGUGCUCAUGUCUGGUGGCUGAAAUGGUAUCCCGAGACUCGGCCUGGCACUGCUCUCCUGGAGCAAGACGCCCUGGAAGACGUGGCCUUGCCUCCUCUCCAGAACUAAAGUCUCUUCACCUCUGGUCCCGAAAAGCUUCCUGGUGGUUCUGCAUCAAUGGCAGGCGAGGGAGAGUGAGGGGACGGAUAGAUCUUUCUUAUUAUCGAUUUGAAUUACGUAUCCCCUAUGUAACAUUUUCCUUCUGCGUGUUCCUCUUAAUGUGGUUCAACCCCGUA